ACACGCUCCUGUAUUCACAUGGAAAGUCGGUCAUCCCGGAAUAUCCAAAACACUUCCCACAACGCGUCUAACCUCCUCGUCCUCCAGUCUGCGGCUUCAUCGCCAACACUUCUCUCCCUGUGUGAGGGGAGGAUUUUUUUUUUCUUAUUAAUCAGGGACUCUGAAAUGCAGCCAAUCAGCAGCAGAUCCCCUCUGCCUUAGCUCUCUGCCUUCCAGAGCUAAAAGUGAUGCAGAGAGAGGCAGCUGGAGAGCAGACUGUGCGGCUCAGUCCGGCUGCUGCAGUCAGAGGAUACGCAUCGCAUCCCUCAUCUGUUACUUGCGAGCUUCCCCCAUUCUGCUAGGUGCCUGCAUGAGGAUGAUUUUACCAUACUGAAGCAAUGCGGGUGGCCUCACUAUUUUAAGGAUCAAAACAGAAGGGGACUGAUUCAUAGUCUGGAUUGUAGUACAAUGGAUACAAUGAGAACUUCCUUACUUUUGGUGCUUUGGGCCUUCAUAUUGCAGCUGGCUGAUACAAAAGUGUUCUUUAAAAGGACUACAGAUCUGGGUCUUAAGGAUGGAAUAAGAAGAGCAAGAGGAAAUGAGGGUGUAGCUUUAAAGCGCUUUAAGCGAGGCUGGAUGUGGAACCAUUUCUUCCUACUUGAGGAGUACACAGGCACUGAUUACCAGUAUGUUGGCAAGCUGCAUUCAGACCAGGACAAAGGCGAUGGAUCCCUCAAAUACAUACUUUCAGGGGACGGUGCUGGCAGUUUGUUCUUGGUUGAUGAGAAUUCAGGUGAUAUCCAUGCAACAAAGAGGCUCGACAGGGAAGAGAAAUCCUUCUACAUGUUGCGUGCUCAGGCUGUAAAUAAGAAAACUGGAAUACCGGUGGAACCUGAAUCUGAAUUUAUCAUUAAAAUUCAUGAUAUCAAUGAUAAUGAACCAAAGUUUACUAAAGACAUUUACACGGCUAGUGUCCCUGAAAUGUCCAAUGUUGGUACUUCAGUUGUACAAGUCACAGCACUGGAUGAUGAUGACCCUACGUAUGGCAACAGUGCAAGAGUUGUUUAUAGUAUUCUACAGGGACAGCCAUACUUCUCUGUAGAGCCUCACUCAGGUAUUAUUCGAACAGCACUGCCAAACAUGAAUAGAGAGAACAGGGAGAAAUAUCAAGUGGUCAUCCAAGCCAAGGAUAUGGCAGGACAGAUGGGUGGAUUAUCUGGAACCACCACAGUCAGUAUUACUCUGACUGAUGUCAAUGACAAUCCACCUCGAUUUCCACAUGGUGUAUAUCAGUUCAUUACCCCUGAGUCAACAGAGGUGGGAUUCCAGGUUGGCCGAAUCAAAGCUAAUGAUUCUGAUAUUGGUGUGAAUGCAGAAGUGGCAUACAGCAUCAUAAGUGGAGAUGGAGCUGAGAUGUUUGAGAUCUCGACAGACAAGGAAACGCAAGAAGGAGUCAUAACAGUUAAAAGACCCUUGGACUAUGAGAGAAAAAAACUCUAUACCCUCAAAGUGCAAGCAGAGAACACCCAUUUGGAUCCUCGUUUUUUAUCCCUCGGUCCCUUUUCUGAUUUAGCAACUGUGAAAAUUACAGUGGAAGAUGUGGAUGAGCCACCAGUAUUUGAAAGAGCAAGUUACAUCAUGGAGGUGAAAGAAGAUGCUAUCGUUGGCACCAUCAUCGGAGCAGUGACUGCUGUAGACCCUGAUGCCUCUCGCAGUAUUGUCAAGUAUUCCAUUGAUCGACGAACAGACAUGGACAGAGUGUUUGAUAUCCACACUGGGAACGGCUCAUUGUUCAUUUUAAAACCCCUUGACAGAGAAACAGCAGCUUGGCAUAACAUCACAGUUACUGCAAAAGAAAUGAAUAACCCUUUGCAGACCAGUGUACAUGUCUACAUCAGGAUUCUGGACAUCAACGAUAAUGCUCCCGAGUUUGCAGCAUUUUAUGAAACAUUUGUGUGUGAAAAUGCAAAGACUGGGCAGCGAAUACAAACAGUGAGUGCUAUAGAUAAGGAUGAUCCAGUUGGUGGACACAGAUUUUUCUUCAACUUGCCUGAAAAUCUGAAGACAAACUUUACUGUCCGAGAUAACAAAGAUAACACAGCAGGAAUCCUAACAGCACAAAACGGAUUUAACCGACUGGAAUCAAGUAUCUAUUAUGUGCCUGUGGUUAUAACAGAUGGGGAGUAUCCGAUGCAGAGCAGCACCAACACGCUGACUGUCCGAGUGUGCGCCUGUGACCGUGAGGGGAACAUGUUGUCAUGUAAUGCUGACACUUUGAUCCUCCCUGCCGGCCUCAGCACUGGUGCUCUAGUUGCCAUUCUUCUCUGUAUAAUAAUUCUCCUAAUUAUUGUUGUAUUUUUUGCUGCUUUGAGACGGCAGAAGAAAAAAGAGCCCCUUAUAAUUUCCAAGGAGGAUGUCAGAGACAACAUUGUCAGCUACAAUGACGAAGGAGGGGGGGAAGAGGACACGCAGGCCUUUGAUAUUGGGACAUUGAGGAACCCGGAGGCAAUUGAGGACAACAAGUUGCGUAGGGAUAUUAUUCCAGAAGCCUUUUUUCCGUCUCGACGGACAGCACCUAAUCGAGAUAAUACAGAUGUCAGAGACUUCAUCAACCAAAGGCUACAAGAAAAUGACACCGAUCCAACUGCGCCUCCUUAUGACUCUUUAGCAACUUAUGCCUAUGAAGGCAAUGGAUCCAUAGCGGAGUCCCUCAGUUCUCUGGAAUCAGCGACUACAGAGGGAGACCAAGACUAUAAUUACCUCAGUGAAUGGGGACCACGCUUUAAAAAAUUGGCAGAUAUGUACGGAGGAGAGGACAGUGACAGGGAUUCUUAACUGAGUGCUGAAUAGUCGAGCGAACUAUGCUGGCACAUAAUGUGGCCAUUAACAAAAUGAACAACAGAAGAUAAAGGAAAAUUACGUAAAGCCACUGUUCUACAAAGUGCCCUUUUCAUAUAAGCAUCAUAUAUUUGCUUAUCAGUUGUGACCGAGCAGUAAUUCGGUGAUGACGUUACCUUGAUUUUGGUUUACUCGAGACUGAGCUAUCCAGACAGUGUUAAAUUAAAAUGAAAGGAUGUUGUCUUCAGCAAUUUGAAAACUUACUGUAACUUUCAACUAAUUCAUUUUUACUUGAUCAAUUGUUUUGGAAAUGUGGGCCAGGUAUUUUUAAUGACCGACAAUGGGGUCAGUGGGGGUUUUUUCAAUAUACAGUACUCUAUAUAUUAAAGGCUUAUCAGAAUUCCUCCUAUCCACUGUACCAUCCGAUCCAGGACAUGUAUUGUACUUUGAGUUCCUACUUAAGAGCACUUCCAAGUUCCAAUAAAGUGAAACCACUUUGAAAUCUCUGCUUUGCUGUCGCACCGGAAGUCUUCAUAUCUGGUAACCUCACCAUGACAUGUACAUUUUAUAGUAAGCAAUGAUACUUGUGAACGAUUGACAUUGUUUUAAAAGGAAAAUGAUUAGAUUUAGUGUGGCAUAACCAAAUCUGCCAGCGUGGGUUGAGCAUACCAUGCAAUGCCAGUUGCUUCACUUAGUGCACUAAGAUGUAUUACCUAUUUGCUGUAGCACUACACAUUAUCGCUUUAGGCAGAAUUACCAAUGUAUUUUCUGAAAAGUCCUGAAAGAAUUCUUCCCAACGUAGAGCCUCGUCACCUAUUAAAAUGUUUAUCUUGGAUUGUUUAUUUCUUUAACAAGCAUAUAUUUUUGUACCAAUCAAGACCUAAACAAUGGGUUGCGAUUCUUUGCAUUUUCUUCCACUCUCUAUCCUUGUCUGCAUCUCUGUCUGUCUCAGGGUUGAAAAGUGACAUUGUUUAAUUUUACGUGGAGCUGGCAGAAUUGUACGCACAGGAUCAACAUGGCAGCCUUAUCUUGAGGAGCAUCUCAACAAAAGCUGCAUCAAAGACAUGAGCCCUAUGUGAGUAACAUUAGGAAAUGUUACUCUCAGAUAUAGAGAGGACAUGGCCUUUUCCAACCUCAAGUUUGUGAUUCAUCUUUCUGAACUCUUUUCACAAGUGUAAUUUGAAUGCUAUCCUGUUAUUUUAGCUCUUAAGUCGUGCGCUUCUGUUAAAUUUAAGCCCUUGGUAUGUAAUCACUUCUAAGGCAUACUGUACUUUACUUAAAUCUAAUUGCAUCCAAUCAUUAGGUCAGCUUUUAUUUUAUACAGAUACAGCUAUAGACAUAUGAGUUAUACAAAGUAUAACCUCUCAGCUGGUGAUUAAAAGAAUAUUUUUAUGAAUGCCUAGAAAUUCUUUUGUCAGGUUACAAAAAAAAUAUAUGAAUUUGGCUCAUUCCUACCCUGACAUAUUUUUGGUGUCAUAUUGCUUGCUUUUUAAUGCCUUUUUUUAGCUAAUACGAGUGAAUAGCUUAGACAAUCCAUAAAAGGCACAAUUUUUUCUCCAUUUUUUAUUUUGUAAUCAUAUAAAUGUUAUGACUUUGUUUAAAAUUAAAAUACAGUUUUGUAUUUUUUUUAAGCUUUCCUUUGUAACGAAAUCACCAAAAAAUGUGAAAAUGUGCUGUGAACAUCUUUGAUCAAUUGGGUUGAAAUGCUUCAGUAUCACUCAUCAUUUACAAGAAUGUGCAAACUGAGUCCGCGUUCUACAAUAUUCCUCUGUCAAGUGUCACACAGGAAAGCUUUUCUUCCAAAAUGGCAAUUUACACUCUUAAUAAAUCUUUUUGUUUUGUUUUGUUUUCUUUGCCUUGUACAUAUUUUAUUUUUCAAUGUGCCCCUGUGCAGUCUGUACCUAAGCACCCAUCUGAUACGUGUUUUUCAUUUCAAAUGAAGUUAUAAGAAUUACUGGAAUGCAGUUUAGAAAAUAGAAGUCACAUUUGCUCCAGAUUAAGGUUUUACUAUAAAGAUAUUAUCAAUGAAGAAAAAAAAAAUAAUCACCUACAACUGUGUAAUUAUUUUUUGUUGUUGUGGCUGGCCCAUCAUUCUUUCACAGUAUGAGAAUAAUAAUAAUAAAACAGUAUUUUGUACAGAUAUAGAAUGUUUGCUUUACCUAAAUUCAAUACAGUACUCUAGUAUCUCACUGAUGGCAUCUGUGCAGUGCUUUCACAGUGCAAAACUCUUUGUUGGCUUUUUACAAUGUGAUAUUUUGUACCAGUAUUUAUAUGACAUCACUUAAUAAAAAAUAAUUUAAAAA